UUGACAGCAGCUGUCAAAAUUUUGUCUCCUUGGCAACGAGCUGAAAAACGAAUAACAAAAUAAAAGAGAUUUCACCAAAGUAGUUGCUACGAAACUGAGGCAAAGGAUUUUCCGCCUCCCCAUUUUUUCGCACAGGCUGUGUGCCCCGUCAACGACACUUUUGGGUGAAAACAAGCAAACUGAACCGAGGGGAGCGUCCAUAUCGUAUCGUGAAAAAGACAAAAACUGCGCUCCAGUGUUCGUAAGGUGAGAAGUGCAACAUAUUCCUGUAUGGUGUUUCUGUGCUGAAAUCAUCGUCCUCACCUCGUACACCCAGUGCAGCAAAUCCAGGCAAUUGGGCAGCAUUUAUCGAGUGAUCCCCGCGUACGGAAGGAUUGGGAAAAGCAAAGCAAUCACCUGCUGGCGUAGUGCACAGCAGCUUUCGGUACGCGAAACGGCUAAUAAGUAGAUUUGUGCUUGUACAAGUAACCGGUUCGUUCGCAUAGCUUACCGACUGAGAAGGAAAAUAUUGCAUUCCUUCGUAACUGCUGGAAAACGAGCCAAAGGGCCACUGCUACUUCCUGCCCCAUUAGCCUGGUGCGUUCGAGUGUGUGCGUGCGUGUGUGCGUACGUCAUGUUGGAAAACUAACAUUCUUCCUUUUGCUGCUGUGACUAGUGCUUGUGUAACAACAACAACAGGUCGUCCGUCGGUGCAAUAGAACCUUCAAGCAACAGAACCACUGCUGGAAUGCAACCGUCCACUUGGUAGAGCAACCUCUAUAUAGGUGUCCCCUCCCCAACAUCAACGAUGGAUCGAAACUCACACCAGUGCGAGGAUUUUUCCCCGGAGAAGAUGCUCUACAUCCUUCGAAAAGGAUAGAGAGGAUUUUUUUUCCUUCAGUCUGGGAGCAUAAUUUUCCUAUCCAUCUCAAGAGAGAGAGAGAGAAUAUUAAGCAUCGAAACAAAGAAACAAACCUACAAAACUUAUCAUUCAAGCUAGAGUAAUUUCGCUCAUCAAACGAAGCUAGUAACGAUUACCAUCAAAGCAUCAGUACCAUUUCACUCUCCAAAAACUCCAGUGAUAUCUGUGCCGCCCAGACAUUCUUGAACAACAUUUCAUAUCAACGCUUAACCCCGUUAUCAUCAACGACAAACUUUGAGCUGUCGCAUGUUAUAGAGCGAGCGACCAGGCAGGUCCUGACACACUUUACAGGGAAGAUUAACAGAUAAACUAUUUAACCGGCUGCUCUCCUAGUGCCCGAGAGUACUAUUUAUGCACAGCAGAACGCGCAUUGAUAUUUUAGCACCGUAAAACAUGGCGACACGUUUAGCAGCGCAGCGAAACUUUAUUGCCGUGAUUCCCGCCGUAAGUGGUGGGUCUGCUUCCGUAACAGUCGAGCCUGCUGGCGAAGGAGGAACCACAGCAGUACAGAAACCCGUCACUGAACCCGCUGAGACCGAAGGCACAGCGAACGGUACUAGUCAAACCACGGCCGAGGUAGUAACGGUCAGUGUGGCAAGCUCGUCCCCAACCGUGAUGGCUUCCCGUCCUGGUGCAAAUUCGACACAGCUACCCACAAUCACCAUUGCCGGUGGUGGGCUGAAAAAUGGAAACGCGAAAGGAGCGCUCGUGCCGACUGCCUUGCUGGCAAACAAUUCCAACAUCAUGAACAUCCUGAGUAACGCGAAUGGACUGUCGUUGCAACAAAUCAUUCAGCAGAAGAAAAUUGUGAUAAACACAAACGGUACGCUGAUCGACCUAGUACAGUUGAAUGACGAUAAUGAAAGUGUCGAGAUCAAGGCCGACGGUGAGAAGCUGCUGGACAGUUCGACUGCAAACGAAAGCGUGGAAAGCGGUAGCUCUGGUUCGGAAGCCACUGCAGACGAGACGCCACAGGUGGCCGUCGUGCAGAGUCCGGGCGGUGGUACGCCUCAGUACAUAACCGUAACAGUUUCCUCACCCGAUAGCGUGCCCAACCAACACACCUACGUGCAGUAUGUCGACUCGGACAUGUACAACACUUCCGGCCAGGGACAGACGCAAAUGACCUAUCCCGUGUACACCGUUGGGGAUUACGGCACAAAUGGGCAGCAGCAGCAACAGCAGUACUACACCACGAGUGGAGCCUACGGUACAGCGGGUGCCGGCACGGGAAGCACUCACACCGACACUACCGGCAACGGCACCAGCAACGGUACCGGCACCACCGGAACUGGCCCGAACGGCGUCAAUGGCAGCGUAUCGUCCGGCAACGGCGGUUCCGCUGCCGGCAACGCUAAUCAGCAGCAGUACAUUGUGCCCGUGGAUGAGUCGGUCCUGCUCGGCAGUGCCGGCAGCGGGAACACUUCCGGUGUGCAACAGCAGCAGUCCGAUUCGUCGCCACAAAACAUGACGGACGUAGCGUCCUACUUGCACGCGCACCAAACGGCGUCCGUUGGUCAGGAGCUCGACUCCGCGCCCAAUAUGACCCACGCGGCCCGCGUUCUGCCCGCCACGGUGAGCUGGCUGAUGGAGAACUACGAAACGGCGGACGGUGUCAGCUUGCCGCGAUCGACACUGUACAACCACUACAUGUGGCACUGCAACGAGAACAAGCUGGACGCGGUGAAUGCGGCCAGCUUCGGCAAGCUGAUCCGGUCGGUGUUUAGCGGGCUGCGGACGCGCCGGCUGGGCACGCGGGGCAACAGCAAGUACCACUACUACGGCAUUCGCAUCAAACCGACGUCCCCGCUGGUGCAUGCGAUCGAGUGUAAGCCUCAGCACGGCUCGGGCGGUGUUGGCGGGCUCGGCGGAAUGGUUGGUCACCAUCAGCAGCUGGGUGGAAGCAACGGGCUCGGUGGCGGAAAUGGAACGGGCGGCAACAAUGGGAUGCAUGGCCACGCCGGAGGCGGCAAUCACGCGAACGGACUGCAUGGCAGCAAUGGCAGUUCCAUGGCGCACGGCGGUGGUGGUGGUGGUGGUGGCGGCGGCGGUGGCCAUUUACAGCAAGGUGUGGUUGGGGGUGCAAAUGGAGGCGGUGGAAGUGGAGGCGGCCAUGGUAUGGCGAUGCACCAUGGUCGUGGUAAGAAGAACAGCUUCAAGGCGGAAAUGCCCGAGUCCUGUGCGCAGUAUCUGGGCGAUCCGAACGGUGCCAUACCGCAGUUUCCGAUCAUAGACAUGAUUCACCCCCUGCCGGACGAUAUCACAAUGGAGGACGUGGACACGCUGCGCUCGAUCUACCGCGAGCACUGCGAGGCGUUCCUGGAUGCUAUCCUGAACCUGGACUUCAACAUGAUCGAAUCGCUGUGGCGCGAGUUUUGGCGCGCCGAGAACAACAACAACAACGGGGACGAGUGCGAGGAGGAAAAGUAUCUCAGCAAGCAGAAGCUGUACCUGCUGACGCAGUGCGAACCGGUGCAGGAGUUUGUCAAGCACGUCGACCUCCAGUUCUACCAGAGCAUGGUGGACGUGCUGAUCCCGGACGUGCUGCGACCGAUACCGACCGGGCUGACCCAGGCGAUUCGCAACUUUGCGAAGAACCUCGAGAACUGGCUAACGUCGGCGAUGGGCGGCUGCCCGGAGCCGAUCGUCGCGAUAAAGCUGUCGGCGGUGGCCGCCUUUGGGCAGACGCUGCGCCGCUACACCUCGCUCAACCAUCUGGCGCAGGCGGCCCGGGCCGUGCUGCAGAACGGCACGCAGAUCGCCCAGAUGCUGAGCGAUCUGAACCGGGUCGACUUCCGCAACGUGCAGGAGCAAGCCUCCUGGAUCUGCCAGUGCGAUACGGCGGUGGUGCAGCGGCUCGAGAACGACUUCAAGGCCGCCCUGCAGCAACAGAACACGCUCGAGCAGUGGGCGGGCUGGCUGCAGAACGUGGUCGAUGACGCACUGCAGGAGUACCGGGGCAAGCCGAGCUUCGUGCAUGCCGCCAGACAGUUUCUGCUCAAGUGGAGCUUCUACAGCUCGAUGGUGAUCCGCGAUCUGACACUCCGGUCCGCCGGCAGCUUCGGCAGCUUUCACCUCAUACGGCUGCUGUACGACGAGUACAUGUUCUUCAUCAUCGAGCAUAAGGUGGCGAAGGCGACCAACACUACGCCGAUUGCGGUUAUGGGAGAGAAAAUCAACUCGCGCCCCGUACAAGACGAUCUGGACCGGAUGCUCUACACCAGCGAGUACGGCAUGGUCAACGUGAAGCUGGAGCCGAGCGCGAAACGGAUGCGCAGUUAGUCAAUUAAACGCGAAACCAUGUCCACCGUCAGUGGUGGCACUGGCUGAAGUAGUGCGGCCCCGGCCGGAGGAUGGUGCCGAUUUGAAGCAUUCCCGUUUUGUGUAGCGUCGCUGUAGCCAGCUUUGCACUGUGUUUGUGCUGUAGUGCAUUUAGUGCGGCGUGUCGUUCGCACCUAGGCAACACUUCCGGAUGUACAACAGCAGCGGCAUACCUUUCUACGCGCGCCAUACGGUUUCACGCGACCGCGCAGUCAGUCGCGAAGCGCCUACGACCUUUGUAUAGAGGACCGUUUACCGAGAUUUGAUUGUAAGCCAUUCCUAACAUCCCAUGUAUGUUUAAUUUAGCCGUUCAGAGGGGGGAGGGCGUGACGACAGCUAUGGGCGCCAGUUGACGGUUCGGCUCGAUCGUCCGUUUGGGUCCGUAGAUCGUGAUCGAAAACGGCAUUAAAAAACUAGCGGGUUUCACUUAUUCCGAUAAAGAUAGAAAUUAUUUAUUAUUUAUUUUGACCGCCCUCCGGUAAUCCCUUCCACGCGGAAGUGGGCCCAACUGGAGGGUACGACUCUAGAAGAAAGCAGAGAGAGCGAGAGCAGGGCUUUGCGUUCCGUUACGGUUUAUUUUCUUUUCGCCUCACACCUUUCUCAAGCACAAAUGUAGGGAAAGAUACAGAACUAAUAGUAGCGCAGGGGGUGCGUGAGUGCGUGGGGCAGGGGGGGUCAUAUUUAUAUAAGUGCACGCGCAUCGUACCGACAUGUACCGAAAUGAAACGAGCUAUAGAGACACGUAUCUGCCCGAACUGGGCUGGUGAGAAAUGGAAUUGAAUGUAAGUUAGUUCUACUUGUUACUACUAUACAUAGCGUGUGUGCGUGUUAUUUUCUGCCAUACCACUCGUGACGAUGGUUUAUUCAUCGCUUCCGGGAAAGGGGAGGGGAGGAGGUGGGUGGGUAUAUUGUUGGACCGUUUUUUUUUUUUUAACAAAAGCUACGACAACAAACAAAGUAAACUGACAAAAGAAAUGGGUUUUCAGAUCGCGAAAGAGAAUAUAGAUGUAUAUUUAUUGGCCAACCAACCGUCCGGGAAGGUUUGGUGGUUUUGCUGCUUCUGGGUCCCAAUUUUUAGUCUUAGAAGUAACCACGAAGAAAAGGUAGAUCAAAGCUUAACUAUGCAACUAUAGUUUGUAAAGCGGUAAAGGGACGGACGCGAUUCAACCUGUUCGAUGGAUUAUAUUAAAUAUGUAUGUGCCUGUCUCGUGAUCAUCAGCAGAGAGAACAAAGCGAAACCCCGUAAAGAAAAGAAAAACCAGAUAAAUUGUAGAAUAAUGUUGCAGAACUCCAAAUCAUUUAUAAAGGGAACGGGUGGAGAAAGAUAUCCUCCCUACGGGUGUAAAUGGCAGCGCAGAAUAAAUUACACCAUUUGCCGCUAUUACUGGGGGAAGGAUCAAUUUUAAAACCAUUCAAAGUCGAAAAAGGCGUUACCGUUUUUGCAUUAACAUAGACGUACGAUGUGUGUGUGUGCGUGUGUGCGAUGAUCUCGGCUUACAAAUCAAACAGACCGCACGCGCAUGCCAAGGGAGGGAAGGGAAGUAUUUCGUUUUAACGAACGUCGCAUUCUGGGUCGUCCGCAUCCUGCGCCCUGCCCUGGGGCACGCGCACCGGAAUAUCGAUACCAUCUAGUCGCGAAUGUCAACCAAAUACGAAUGAUUAAAACUACUGAGCUGCUGGUACACGCUUGCGCUGAGUCAUAGGUGUGUAAGUGUAAUUUACCAAAAAUAAAUCUGAAAUGGUUUAACCUCUGGCUUAAGAAAAACGUAUAACAUGGGCAAAGUGGGGGCAUAGUUUGGUGGUAAAAUAUUUACGAAUUCAAAGGGACAACAGCGGUCGUUUGAUGUCCGAAGUGUAGGGGAGAAGACAUGCACUGUGCAAUUUUUGUUUUGAAAUUAACCGGCGAGUGCACGGAGCAAAUAACAAAAGCAUAAAGAAUGGGAAAAAGUCAAAAUUUACAACAAAAAAAAAGAUAGAUA